CGUACUUGUUUUUUACGGCACUUCUUUAAUGUCCCUCUCGGUGAACAGUGUUCAACCAUUUCCAUUAUCAUGAAAGCUCUAUAAAACCACUGCUAUCCUAUUGCAACCUCUGCAACACAAGUCUAUUUUUCCAUGUGUUAAAAUCAUAAGAAAAUGCCACCCUUCACCUUCUUCUUUGUUCUCUCCUUCUUCUUAUGUACCACCUCCUCCUCCUUCUCCACCUUCACUUACUCUGCAAACUUUGAAGCCCCAAGUGCAAGUGCAAGUGCAAGUGCAAGUGCAAGUGCAAGUCCUGAAUCAAACGAAUGGAGCUCACCAAGAGGACAACCAAAGAACGCAGACCCAUCAUGUAGGACUGGCAACCCCAUUGACGACUGUUGGAGGUGUGACACUGACUGGCACAACUACACCAACCGGAAAAUACUAGCAGAUUGUGCUGUAGGGUUUGGCCGAGACGCCACCGGCGGCCGGGACGGCGAGUUCUACGUUGUUACUGACCCAAAAAAUGACGACCCGGUCAACCCAAUUCCCGGUACGUUACGAUAUGCAGUCAUCCAGGAAGAACCCUUAUGGAUCAUCUUCAAAGGUGACAUGGUCAUAAAACUGAAGGAUGAGCUUCUUGUUAACUCAUUCAAGACCAUAGAUGGAAGAGGAGCUAAUGUGGAAAUAUCAAAUGGGCCUUGCAUUACACUAUCUUAUGUGACUAACAUUAUCAUCCAUGGCAUCCACAUCCAUCAUUGUAAGCAAGGAGGGAAUGCCAAGAUUAGAGACUCACCCACUCACUAUGGUUGGAGAAACAUUUCUGAUGGAGAUGGGAUUUCCAUCUUCAGCUCUGCCCAUGUCUGGAUUGAUCACUGUACUCUCUCUAACUGCCAUGAUGGACUCAUUGAUGUCACCUAUGGAUCCACAUCCAUCACCAUCUCCAACAAUCGCAUGUCUUACCAUGAUGAAGUUAUGCUUAUGGGUCAUAGUGAUGACUUUCUUCCUGAUAAGGAUAUGCAGGUUACCAUUGCCUUCAAUUACUUUGGAGAAGGCCUAGUUCAAAGAAUUCCAAGGUGUAGACAUGGAUAUUUUCAUAUUGUGAAUAAUUUAUAUAGUGGUUGGGAGAUGUAUGCAAUCGGUGGAAGUGCCAAUCCAACGAUCAACAGUCAAGGGAAUGUCUUCAUUGCACCUCAUAGCAAUUCCCUCAAGGAAGUAACUAAAAGAAUAGACUCAUUAGAGGAUGAGUGGAAGAAAUGGAACUGGAGAUCAGUUGGGGAUCUAAUGCUGAAUGGAGCAUUCUUUACUUCUUCUGGCAACAACAAUUCACAGAACUAUGUAAAGGCUUCAAGCAUGUUUGCAAGGCCAGCUUCACUUCUAACCACUGAUCUUAAUGCAACUGCAGGGGCUCUCAGUUGCCAAAUAGGAUAUAUUUGCUAAGUUCCCAUCAGCAGAGAUGUCUUUCCAGUUUCCCCUCUUGAGUGUAUCUACAGGAGCUCUCAAUGCCCAGAUAGGCUGUAUCUGCAGUUCCUUCAACAGUUGCUUUCUUUCUUAUAUAUUGCAGCAAAACAAUAGUCUCCACCAAUUUGAUUUCACAUAAGUAUUCAUUUUACUUCCUAA